AUGAAACACUAGAAGAAUGGAUGCACAAAGAACUGCAGCAAAAGGCAUAUCUAAAUAGAUAAUCCAGCUAAUUCUAGAUCCAUUUGUGCUAGAUAUAAUAGUCUAUCACCUACAAUUGGCUGCCUGGCAGGUGCACAUUCCAAACGGCGUGCUCUAAUUUACCUGGACUGUUCUCCAACAUGAGUGAGGUUAACAAUGACCAAAGACUCAAUAUUAUAAGUAAACUACCAGAUGAAAUACUUCAGACCAUACUAGAUAAACUACCAGUAAUUGAUGCAGUGAGUACUGGAUUCUUGUCGCGUAGAUGGAGAGACUUAUGGAAGUACAUUUCUGUAGUUGAAUUUGAUCCAUCUUGGGUACAGUUGACAGGAAAAGAUAUCAUUUCAUCUCUUAAUCAGUUUAUCUGCCUUCAUAAGGGUCAGAAAAUUCAAAGAUUCUCUGUAAGAUUCACAUAUCAACCUGAAAUGUCGGCUACUGUUGAUUCAUGGGUCCUCUUUGCAAUUAAUAAGCAUGUUGAAGACCUAGAUCUUGACUUUGAUGUGACUGAUAACAACAUCAUAGAGAAUACUGCAUAUGCUCCUUGCCAUAAGUUACUUCCUAAUGUUUUCAACAACAGAUCAAUAGUUAGACUGGUACUGAGCUUUUGUGAUCUGGAGCUGCCAAUGUCAAUCCAACUUCAAUCUCUCAAAGUGCUGCAGUUGCAUCGGAUUGAACUGCCACAAGAUGCAAUCCAAAUGCUUACGUCAAAUGCUCCAAUCCUCGAACAACUGUUCUUGAGUGAUUGCAACAGGACGAAGGAUCUACAAAUUCAUGUUGCACCAAACCCACAUUUUAGUGAUUUGGUGAUCGUUGAAAACUUCUUUCCAGUCAACCAUACAACAAAAAUGUAUAUCAAGGCUCCAACUGCCUUUCAAGUGGCAUUUAUGGGUUCCAUGCCAAGGUCGAAGUACAUCAUAGAGGAAGUACAGGAAUGUGAUGAGGCACAUUUCAGUCUUCAGGGAAUGUUUAGCGCCUGCGGAAAGUAUGGACUGAAUAUCUUGGUUGAUGACUCAAGUGCUCUCAGAUAUGAAUAUGUGCUCCUAGAACUUCUUAUAAGGUUUCGCAGCUCGGACACUUUUCACAUGUGCAACUGGUGCAUCCAGGUAUUUUAUUCAUACUAAUAUAAAAUCCUUGCAACUAACCAAAUCUACAGCUUCCAAUGCAUCGUCUUUGGGUGGUUCUAAAAGGGGCAACCCUAUGUUGAACUAGAGGCCCAAAGGCAGGUUUUCUGAAAUUUAUCCUAGAUCCAAGAUUUGCAUAGACCAUAGCAUUAUGAGAUACGGUUAGAUGACCAGUACCUCCAACUCUUCAACAAAGAAACUAAAAUUGCUUCAAUCUAUUCUACCUCCUCUAACAUGCAAUUACAUAAUGCAGCUACUUUCUCUGCGAGAAUUUAGGAAUUUAAGCAGAUUUACAUUCGAUUGCACGAUUCUGGAAAUAACCAGUACUUUCUGGAAAUGGGAGCUGCCAGGAAUUAUUUACAUGCUAAAGUCAUGUAAUAAAAUUGAAGAGUUGAUUAUACUAAUAAUUCCCAACGAAGAUAGCAUACAGAUUCCUGAAGAUUAUCUGUUCCAAUAUGAUUUUGAUGAAAAACAGCUCCUGGAUGUUCAAGAUUUAGGACACGAAUUGGAAAAUUUGAGGACAGUGCGUUUCAAAAAUGUCCAUGGGGAUUAUCAAACAUGGGAAGACAACGAUUUCAGUGUAGAAAGGUUCUUCGACGGGGCCUUGCUGGGAAUACCGGUUUCAGAACUUUUACGAGAUCAUGCAGUGGAACUAGAGAGCAUUAUAUUUUCAUCAGCCGAGCAAGAGAUAGAAAUUUUCUUUGAAGAACAAGGAACAGAUGAAGAUGACGAUGAAUUUAACAAUGACGUUGACGACAAAGUAUAUUAUCCCAAUAGAAAGCCGCCCGUCUAUUAUAUUAGGAGGAUGAAGUAGAAGAAGAUCAAACAUCCAUUACUGUUCUAGUUGACGUUAUUCAAACAUCACGGGAGUAAUCAGGAGAAGGUUUGCAGUUAAAAUUUCGGUUAUUAUCGUUGUUCUAAUAGUUGCAAUUUGUGUUUUUAUUUUCAAAUAUCAUGUCGUCGGAACAAUGUUUUUUUGAUGUUAUGUGUUUUCAUUUGCAUUCUACAUGCUCCUAAAGACAUAGCUUUCCCUUGGAUGCUAAAUAAAGAAUAAAUUUGGAGCUUUUAAUAAUUUUUAUGUCAAUUGUC